CUAAAACACAAUCAUGGCGGCUCCCAUUCUAAAGUGGAAAAGAGUUGUUAAUCCUUCAGGACCGCAACCAAGACCUCGCCAUGGCCAUCGUGCAGUAUCUAUUAAAGACUUAAUGGUUGUAUUUGGUGGUGGAAAUGAAGGAAUUGUCGAUGAACUUCAUGUCUACAAUACAGCUACAAACCAAUGGUUCAUCCCAUCUGCAAAAGGAGACAUUCCGCCAGGAUGUGCAGCCUAUGGGUUUGUGGUGGACAAUACAAGGAUUCUGGCCUUUGGAGGAAUGGUGGAGUAUGGCAAAUACUCAAAUGAACUAUAUGAACUACAGGCAAGCCGCUGGGAAUGGAGGCGUCUACGACCCAGAGCUCCCCGCAGCGGACUCCCGCCUUGUCCCCGAUUGGGACACAGCUUUACGCUGAUCGGUAACAAAGUUUACCUGUUUGGCGGGCUAGCAAAUGACAGUGAUGAUCCCAAAAAUAAUAUACCAAGAUACUUGAACGACUUAUAUAUCUUGGAGUUAAGGAACAACAACUCCACAGCCUGGGAUAUUCCGCAAACUGUUGGCACUUCACCUCCACCUAGAGAGUCCCACACUGCUGUCGCUUACACAGUAUCCGACAAUCACUCCAAGCUGAUUGUAUAUGGAGGCAUGAGUGGUUGUCGUCUCGGCGAUUUGUGGAUCUUAGAUAUUGAGUCGAUGUCAUGGGUGAAACCUAUUGUACAUGGCAAUGCCCCACUGCCCAGAUCUUUACACACCGCCACCAUGAUUGGCAGUCGUAUGUUUGUGUUUGGAGGAUGGGUGCCUUUGGUAAUGGAUGACGUAAAAGUUGCCACCAAUGAAAAAGAAUGGAAGUGCACAAAUCAGCUGGCAUGUCUUAACUUGGAUACAAUGACCUGGGAGGAACUAGCUAUGGAGACUGCCGAAGAAAACAUUCCACGAGCCCGAGCCGGCCACUGCGCUGUUGGUGUGCAUUGCCGUGUAUACGUUUGGUCAGGAAGAGACGGCUACAGGAAAGCCUGGAAUAACCAGGUCUGCUGCAAAGAUCUAUGGUAUUUGGAGGUCGAGAAACCAUAUCAGACCGGCAGAGUGCAGCUUGUAAGAGCCUCUACAAAUAGCUUGGAAGUACUCUGGACUGGAGUACCAACUGCAGAGCAUUACAUACUUCAGAUCCAGAAGUAUGAUAUCCCACCAGCCACCCCCAGUCUACAGGCCAGCUCAACUCCUGCAUUAUCCCCUGUACCUCCAGUGCCCAUGUUAUCUCCUCCUCAUGCUCCAGUUGAGACCCCCAGUCCAUCCCCCGCUCCCACUGCUGUUCUCCCCGUUUCCCCCACUCCCCCUCGCAGGUCUAUACUCCAGGUCAGUCCAGUUAAGGCUCAGCCUUCUCCGGCUCCUGAGUUGCCACGUUUGGUGGUGCCUCAACAAGCGACUAGUGAUAACACCAGCGUGUUGGGACUAGCAGACAGUGAAGGGGUGGCUGCAGUAGCAGCAGCUGCAGCUAGUAUCCAGCCAGUCCCUGCACCUACAACACCACCACAACCACAGCCUGUGGUGGCUACGGUGGCUCCUACAGCUAGUACUCCCACCACACCUGUGACACUCAGUCCGCAGAGCCCCAUGACUGGAAUACACGCGUUGGCUGCAGCGGCCUCUGCCACUCAGAAAAUCAAGAUGACUCCGACACCUGCUACCUCUACUCAGCAGAUUGGUACUCCGAUGCGCAUCGUACAGUCUCCACGUAUGCUCAGUCAGCCGAUACGCAUAAUUCAGCAACCUCGUGAGCUCACACCUAUAACAGUGUCGGGAGGUCAACAAGUACGCAUCCAGACACCUGGUGGGACCGUACUCAAGGCCGCUAACCCCCAGACUGGUAAACAACAACAGAUUAUUGUUCAGAAGCCCGGAGGAGUUCCAGGAUCACCGCAGAUCGUCACUUUGGUCAAAACCAGCCAAGGCAUGACUGUUGCCACUGUCCCCAAGGUGAGCCUGAUUCAGGGGAAACCAGGGACCACCAUCUCAGCCGGAGGGAAAGGUAUCCCUCAAGGAGCAACGAUCGUAAAACUAGUCAGUGCCCAAGGUGGCCAAGCAAGUGGAGGUAAGGUGUUGACCGCCAUGAAGACUGUGCCUUCCAACAUGAUGGCAGUAAACAAGAACCCACCUAAUAAGCAACAGACUAUCGUGAUUACCAAGCCCCAGGGAGCUGGACGUCCAGCCACACAACAGAUCAUAGUUGUAACUACUGCAUCUGGAUUGCGCACAGUCCAGGCCCUAUCCACCUCUCAGGCUGGUCAAGGCACAGUUCCUACAUCAACUGUGUCCAUGCUGCCUGUGUCUGGAUCGGUUGGUACUGGAGGCAUGCGAAUGGUAAUGGUGUCAUCUACAAACACCACCUCGGCAAUUGGUAAACCCAUCACAAUCACGAUGCCGUCAGGCCAGGGUGGCCUGCCCAAGACAGUAACCAUCACGGGAAAACCAGGAGCUUCUCAGUUGCUCACUCAGUCCUCUGGUGCUUCUGGGAUCACCAUCGGGGGCAAACCUGUCACUGUGCAAAUGAUGGGAGGACAAAAGACUGUCACAUUUAUGCCUAAUCCCGGCUCUACAACUACCACUAGUGGCACUAUCAUUUCCUCACUUGGAAAAGUGUUGAAUCAAGUUCCCCAAAAUGUGGCUGAAAAUGUUCCUGCUGCUACAAGGUUGCAGCAGUUAGGAGAGGAGCUGAUGGAAGAUGAUCCUGAUGAUCCUGAGGCUGUAGCAAGCUUGGCGGAAGGAGAGGAGAACAACCCUCCCAUAGCAGAUUCUUCAAUCUCAUCUACUAAGACUGCCCCUGAAGACGGCGGUUCUGAUACCGGCGGAGUGGCUGAUUCAACAACCCUUCCAUUGCCUCAAUUGAGUGAGGGAAAAACAACGAGUGAGGGGUCAACAUCAGAUGUAGAUCCACUGGCUCCUGCCAUUAAGACACCUUCGCUCAUCGAUGACUAUGUCUCGGAUUUCGUCCAAGGCAAUGGACUCAAUAUAAAAGAGGAACCUUCUAGCUCUCCAUCAUCAUUGGCCCAUGCCCCACCGGGUCCAGCUCUCAGUGAACUUGAUAUAAAAAAAGAGCCUGACGUAAAAAUUAAAAAAGAACAGGAGGAUGAAUCAGAUGCCCUCUCUACUCUGGCUUCGGCUGCAUUGGCUUCUACUAAUGGCAUCAAGAAUGAGGUGCCGGGAAUGAGGAUCUGUUUGCCUGGCUUCCCAGGAGCCCCUUCAGCAAUCAAAAUAUCUAAAUCUGCAGACGGAGCUCACCUGAGUUGGGAACCUCCUAGCAAUGUUGCUGGGAAGAUAAUUGAAUACUCCGUAUGUCUAGCUGUGCGUCAGACUCAGCCACAGACCGAGGGUAAAAAUGCUACAUUAGCAUUUGUUCGGGUAUAUUGUGGUCCUACAAACCAAGCUGUAGUACCCAAUGCUUCCCUGGCUGCGGCUCACAUUGACAUGACUACUAAACCUGCCAUCAUCUUCAGGAUAGCUGCCCGUAAUGAGAAGGGCUAUGGUCCUGCAACCCAAGUCAGGUGGCUUCAAGACGUAGUAUCUUCGUCAAGUGCAGCUAAAACUGGAGUAAAGAGAGAACCAGUACCUUCACUGAACCCUACCAAGAGGUUCAAACAAGAAGAUAUGCAAUGACGUAUCUAAGUUGCCCGUCAGUGGUCUUAAGACAAUCGAGUGAAGUGGGUUUGACUCUGAGAUUGUGUACUAGUGAGAUCUUGAACUUGACUUACCUGUAAAAGUGACAGACACCCUAGCAAUACAAAUAAAAUGAAAGUAUUAGGUAAACGAGAAUAUUUGUAUUGUAAAAUUAGCAAUCUUGAGAUACGAACUCUGUAAGAGAAACGACCAUAUUUCAAGUUUUGACUUUAUUUUAUUUGGUCUCAUUUAGAAGGAAUAAGUGACACGGUCUGUAGUACAAAACCCACUCUUAGACUCCAGUUGUUAGUUCAGUCGUCUGAGAUCUUAUCAGAUUUAUUUUGUUCUUUUGACACACAGUUAUUUAUUUUUCAGAAUGUUUAGAUUACUGACAAAUGUUGGUCAAUACCUCUAACACUGUCUGUGCCCUACCUCGACACAGCUGCAAACUCCUAAUCACAGAUAUAUUAGCUUAAUUUUUAUUACAAUGACUACAGUUUUCAAUAAUUUGUUAAUGUUCUCACUAUAAUUUUGUUAUUUGAAAUAUAUAUAUAUUUGUGUACGUGUCUGUGUGUGAAAAUUCACGAGUGAAUGGUUAAAGUUGUGAGUGACUCUCUUGAGUCGAUACUCAAAACUAGUGUGUAUAUUGUUAAUAUCUUUGUAAAUAUAAAUGGAAAUCUAAGAAAUAGUAUUCAUUAUAGGAACUUUUUUCAUGUUUUGUAUUAUAAGCUUAAUUGGCUUUAAAGAAAAAAAUUUUAUUUGAAAUUAGUGCGGUGUAAAAAGUGUUCAAGUGGUUCAGCUCAUAGUGUGUCGUUGAGCGAUGAGGUGGUAAUUUUGUUGUUUUUUGUAAAGUCUCUUAAAGGCUUAGGUUUAAGAAAUCCAGGUAUUUAGUUUGAAAAAUUGUGCCACUUUUUGAUUCGUCUUGGUGUGUAACAAUUCAGAAGUUUAAUAUAUUAUUAUAUGGAUGAGCCAUCAGGCUCUUUAUUGAGAUUUGCUAUUUUACUUUAUACUGUUGAAAUUUGUUUGUACAAUGUGCGGAUAGCAGCAAGUAUCAAACAACUUACUCUAAACUGGCUAUGUCUGUGUAAUCUUAUUGGCCUUGUAAUUUUAUGUUAUGCUGUUAAAAUUUGUUAUUUAAAGAUAAAACCUAGAUUGAUUAAAAAUCUUUUACCAUUUAACAUAAUUUGUUACUUGAAUGUUUGUCUCAGCAUCAAAGCUACUGUUUUAGUUUAUACUACUACUAAAUUUCUACUACUGAUAACCGUUUAUUGUAGGUACUGACUACCCCCUAAUAGUUAUUAAAGACAACCCAUGCUUACUAGAAUAUCCUUGCACACAUAUCCUACACAAACAGUUUUUACAUUUUACAUUAUAAUUCUGUUUCCAUUUUUUACGAAUUUUCUUAUAAGGAACACAAUAACUCGAGUAAUCUUUUUCCUGAGACAGCCAAAAUGACACAUGCGUUAUACAUUUUUCAUUUCACAGUUAUUACACGACUGUUGUACAGUUGUAGUAAUCAACUUGUUGCUAAUCAACAAAGGUAAUUGUAGCGUGUGAUUUAAUGUUUUAAUACAUACUAAGACACAAAAUUUGUUAAAUCAGGCCGAGAAACUUAAUUUCAAUCCAAAAAAACCAUAUUUAUCUAAGUAGAUUUUAUAUUUGUUACUAUUCUUGUAAGCAAGGGUUAUUCAUUUUAUUUUUGUGGUCCUGAUAUCUACUGCUUUAUGACUAGUUUAAUAAUAUAACUCAAAAACUGUUUAUACCAGAAAAAUAAACUGUUCAGUACCCUAAUAUGACCAGUAUUACAAAGUUUUAUACCCAUUUGAAUUGACUUGAUAAAGCGUAAGUGAUAUACUAGUACAAAAUUUAUCGUUAGAAGUAAGGCUUCCAAAUCACCAAAGUUAAUAACACUAAUGUGGUCUUAGAGGUACUCCUAUUAAUCAAUAACAUGUUGUGCUGUGUUUUCGGCCUUGUAGCUAAUGGCCAUUUUGGAGCACUACUAAUGAAUGGCAUUAGCUACAACAGAUUAUAAUGGCAAAAAUGCCAAUCUUCAGAACAGAUCCCACAGAUCACAGUAGGGUUAUUUGAACUUAAUUUAUUGAUGUUUAUGUAUAUCUGUUUUAUCUUUAAACAGACCUCUGAAAGCAGUUCAAGAUGCAUGUCCCAUUUGUAUGGUUUCCCUACAAAUAUCAUAUUUUGAAUGUAAGAGAAAAACUAGUUAUUAGUUUAAAAUAGUUAUUAGCGUUAAAAAUGUGUGAAAACCUGCUAAUAGAAAACAAUUGUUGUCAAAUUUGUGUCAUGUACACAACAAGCCAUUUCAUUCAUUGUGUUAAUCAUAUUUACAAAAUUUAAAAAGGGAAACUGAGCAUAGCUAAAACUGAUAAAUUAAAAGAUAGAUAAAUUUACCAACAUUAAUGUUCUUUGAGCUGAUUUCUGGAUUGAAAAAUGGAAAAGUUGUGAACAAUUCUUAAACAAGUUAGUUAUCAUUGAAGCUGCUUCUUUACAUAUUUUGACUGUUCCUUAAGUUAUAAAUAAAUAAUAUACCGGUAAGUGUAUAAAUUUACCAACAAUGAUUAACAUUUCAAUCAGUUUUAUCCGUAAUUUAUCAUCACUUUCAUUAAUACAUUAUAAGGUUUUGAAACUAUCCUAGUGUAUACCUCAUCUAAAGCUGUUCCACACAUAAAAUUAUACCUUAAAUAUUUAACCUUCAUCAAGAAGCAGCGCCAUUGAAAAUUAAAGGUCAAACCACAUUUUCCAUUUUUUGACAAGGAUUUAAAAAAUAUUUUGUCAAACAUAUAUAUAUAUAUAUAUAUAUUACAUCUUAAAAAGCUAUACAAUAUACAUACAAUAUAUACAAUACAAUACGUUUUACAAGCCUGUUCACAAAAUAUACAUUGAACUAUCAAUCAAACCUGUCGACUUAAGCUCUAUAAUUUCUACACAGCUCAGUAGAGUAUUUUUAUAGAAUUUUUUAUGUGUUAUUUGGUUAAUAUAAUUUAGUAGCAUGUGGUGAUGAAUGAAAUGACUUACACAUUUUUUAUUUUAUUUUUCUCAUUAUUCCACAGACUAUAAGCAGACAAAAUGCUGUUUAUUUCACAAUGGUACUUUCUCGCUUAAGGAUUUAGAUACUCGUGUUCUGUUCAACUGAAUUUUAUAUACGUUGUACUUUUGACUCAGUUUGAAAUAAAUAAAUGUUGUGCUAUUA